AUGGGUGAAGGGGAAAAAGAACUGGGUUUUAGCGAGUUGGAUGCUAUCUUGGGAAAUAUAGGAACCUGCUUAACCCCAGAAGAACAGCAGGAUAUGCUGAAGAUGGCAAACCUUAAUAGGGAUGAGACAGUGAAUUUAAACGACUUCAUACACAUUUGCAGUGACGGUCUCACCUUCUCUAACACUGAAGGAAGAUACUCAAAUAAAAUGCCAGAUGCAAAGAUGUUCAAGUUGCCUAGAAUGAUGGAGAAGUCACAUCUCCAAACACCAAACAGGAUUUUCUCUUCUGUGACUUUCAGUGAGAUGGCCAAAUCCAAAGCAGUAAAGAACCUGAGUAAGCCACAGCUAGAAGCCUUCCGCACAGCUUAUGAUACAUUCAGGAAGGACCUCGAUGGAACAAUUGAUCUGACAGCCCUAGAGAUCACAGCCCUUAAUUUAGGAAUCAUCUUAACUGAGGAGGAAGUCCUUGAUGAACUGAUGUAUGCUGACAUAGAUGGAGAUGGAAAAGUGAAUUUCACCGAUUUCCUCACCAUGAUCACAGACACCAGGCGCUUCAUCCAGGCUGUAGCCCCUAAGAAAGAUGACAUGGAGACUGUUGAUGCCAGAGGAAUCUUGUUCUUUGAGCUCUUGUCAAAGCUGGUGGAAACAUCUAGACUGCCAAGAAAAGCUACUCUGAAUAUUGUCAGCUAUUAUCGGGAAAAGUUCCUGAACUUUACUGGCAAGAGAGCUUGGCAGCCUGAGACUAAGCCAGCCAAGCAGGGUGAACACCAUUCCGGGAAAGCAAGAGUGCCCCGUACCAAAUCUUCCCCCAUAUCUGCCUUUGCUGGUGCUGCCCACAUUUGCGUCAUGAAUGAAAAGGAACUGCAGUCAUAUGUGGAAAAUCUCCAAGCAAAGAUUGGCCCUUCAGACAGUCCCUAUGCUCAAGUGCCUAUCUUUCCCUUGAUCCCUAACCGGGAUGUCUUGGUGAAAGGAAAGCCAAAAAAGGAUCUCCAGAAGCUGGAAGCACAAAGGAGGAUGGAGCCCAUCUCGUCCUUUGACGACCAUUUCUUCCAUAAAAGAAGGUGGAUAAAGCAGAAGCCCAAAUCUGCCAAGGCCUCCAGACCUUCCCUUGUUCUCGGUCCAGAGCUGAGUCAGAAGCGUUUGACUAUAGACCACCUGGAUGAAAUUCGACAAGAGGUGAAGAAAGUGACAGGCUCCUAUCAGAAAGCGAUGGCUCUCCGUGAACGCGACAGAUCACUGAAGCUGUGGCGGAGACUACGCGGUGGAGAGAUUGGGCUGGAGACGGGCAACCCCAGCUUCUACCAGACCUUCUCCACAUACUCCUGGUCAUGGAAUGUCUGCCAGGAUCUGGUGUCACCCCGAGAACUUCAGGAAUAUGAUAAAAAACUGUAUCAAGGUGUCAUCCGGCCAUCUACUCCUGUAGAUAAACUGACCUGCACCAGCGGGAAACAAAAAGGAAGUAAGAAGUAACACCAGAUGUUGCAACCAAUGCUCCUCCUUUCAUGUGAAUGUAUUCCAUCCAUCAAUCUCAGGCUGGUAUGCAGGUCACACUUCCUACGAGACAAAGUGCAAAGUUUCAACUUUGCACCCUGGCUAAU